AAUCAGGCUUACCUCUAUUUGGAUGGGCGCGAAAUUAUCGUUUAAAUCCUCGAUCAAAAUGGGAUGCGCAAUAUCAGGCGUGACACCCAAGUCAGGUGGAGACGGGAACGCCGACGUUGGACUACCACAUCUCAGCGACAAUCAGAUCCAGAUGAUCAAAGAGUCAUGGAAAGUUAUCCGGGACGACAUUGCGAAAGUUGGAAUUAUCAUGUUCGUCAGGCUGUUUGAGACCCAUCCUGAGUGCAAGGAUGUCUUCUUCCUAUUCCGAGAUGUGGAGGACCUGGAGAGGCUGAGGAACAGCCGGGAGCUGAGGGCUCAUGGGCUGCGAGUGAUGUCAUUCAUUGAGAAGAGUGUGGCGCGUCUGGACCAGCUGGAGCGACUGGAGGCGUUGGCCAUUGAGCUUGGAAAGAGCCAUUACCGGUACAACGCCCCACCCAAAUACUACAGCUAUGUAGGGGCAGAAUUCAUCUGCGCUGUCCAGCCUAUUCUGAAGGAGCAGUGGACCCCUGACUUGGAGGAGGCCUGGAAGACCAUGUUCCUGUACGUGACCGGCUUAAUGAAACAAGGUUACCAGGAAGAGGAACGAAUGCGCCUUCAGCAGGACUCCACCUCCCCGAAGGCGCGGCCCGACAAGAGGAACACGGCCUUAUGAAGCCAACCGCCAAGUCAUUCAGUAAAAGGACUUUUCAGAAGAAGCACACUGUUGUGGCUUACAUGAAUUGACAACUCCAUCAUUGUUAGCAGUACACCAUGAAGAUGUCUUGUUCAACCUAGAACACUUUACCCCUCAGUUAAAACUUUUACACACAUCUUUUAUGGAGAAUGGGAGUUGCACUUGAACCAACAAAACGUAUGGCCACUUUUCAAAUGAGUUUGAAACAUAAAUGUGGUAAAAUCCAAUGACUGUGCACAAGUUAGACGCCAUUUUCAGUAAA